AUGACCAUCCUCACUACCAAUCCACGACAAUCCUCACUCUACCACUGUACGGCAAUCCUCACUCUACCACUGUACGACCAUCUUCACUACCACUGUACGACAAUCGUCACUACCACUUACGGCCAUCCUCACUACCACUGUAUGACCAUCCUCACUACCACUGUACGACUAUCUUCACUCCCACUGUACGGCAAAAGUCUCUCUACCACUUUGCGACAAUCCUCACUACAUCUGUACGACUAUCCUCACUCUACCACUGUACGACCAUCCUCACUACCAUUGUACGUACAUCUUCACUACCACUGUACGACCAUCCUCACUACCACAGUACAGCCAUCCUCGCUACCACUGUCCGACCAUCCUCACUACCACUGUACGGCCAUCCACACUCUACCACUGUACGGCCAUCCUCACUACCACUGUACGACCAUCCUCACUACCACUGUACGACCAUCCUCACUUCCACUGUACGACCAUUCUCACUCUACCACUGUACGACCAUCCUCACUACCACUGAACGACCAUCCUCACUACCACUGUACCACCAUCCUCACUCUUCCACUGUACGACCAUUCUCAUUCUACCACUGUAGGACCAUCUUCACUACCACUGUACGACCAUCCUCACUACCACUGUACGGCCAUCCUCAAUACCACUGUACGGCCAUCCUCACUACCACUCUACGACAAUCCUCACUACCACUCUACGGCCAUCCUCACUACCACUGUACGACCAUCCUCACUCUACUGUACGACCAUCCUCACUACCACUCUACGACCAUUCUCACUCAACCACUGUACGGCAAUCCUCACUCUACCACUGUACGACCAUCCUGACUACCACUGUACGAUUAUUCUCACUACCACUCCACGACCAUCCUAA